AUGUUUAAUAGACUAUUCACAAAACAAUCAAUAAGUAAAAUAAGUAAAAUAAAACCAAUACGUUAUUACUCACAACAAUUAAAUGAAUAUGAGUCAAAGAUAUUUCAAAUAUUAGAUCAACGCUUAAAACCUACAGAUCUUAAAAUUCAAGAUGUAAGUGGUGGUUGUGGAUCAAUGUUUAGUAUUUUCAUACAAAGUGAUAAAUUUAAUGGAUUAACUACAAUAAAGCAACAUAGAAUUGUAAAUGAUAUUUUAAAAGACGAAAUUUCAAAAUGGCAUGGUUUGCAAUUGAAGACAAAGGGGACAUAG